ACAUACCCCCCAAAGAACUGCAAUUAUGCUAGCAAGGCUGUAGGAGCGUUGAACAGUUCUUUCCCAGUUCUUGUGAUUUUUGUUGCCUCUCUAUGCAUUCCUGUCCUAUUUAGAGCUGUGGUCUUUUGUAUUUUAUUUCUGGUGUGCAUGGUUCUGAGGAUAUUAGAAAACCGUGCUGAAGGUUCACUCUGAGGCAUGGCUAUUUUUGUUAGAAGCUGAUACUUUAGACUGAGCUUUAAGUGUUGCCUCUGGAAGGCCUUGGGUUGUUCUGGGAGGCCAGGUCUGCAGAGGAAACAGACAUAUCAGAGAGCAUAAAAGAAGAAGGAACACAAUUAGAAAAAGCAGAGGACCUCCCUCCUUCUCAUCCUGCAAGUCCUGCGAGAGUCAGCAGCCCAGAAGUACUAUCUAAGGUGCCACAGUAAAUCUUGACCUUUUAAACAGAAUAUCUCUUACCAUCAUCAUGGCCGAGAUUACAGCAGAAGGACACAUGUCGACAACCACGACGAUAAUAGAUGGUAAGAACGGCUCCGUUCCUUCGUCAUCCAUGAGAGUGGGCAAGAAGUCAGUGACAGAAGACUUUGUGAACACCUUCAGCUCUCCAGCAGCAUGGCUUCUUGUUGUUGCUCUGAUUGUCACCUGGUCAGCAGUGGCUAUUGUAAUGUUUGACUUGGUGGAUUACAAAGACUUAGCAGGUAUAGCACAACAUUGCGAUGAUCCCUGUUUCCCACCUGGAAGAUCUGUUCACAAGCUCAGCACAGAACCACUGAGAAUCAUUCAUGAGACACUGGAAGAGUCUUCUGAUUGGAUAUAUGGCUUUUUUUCUUUACUGUCUGACAUCGUAUGGAGUGAUGAUGAUGACAGUGAUGAAGGUGAAGUGGAACCUUCCCUGAAAAAAGAAAUUCAAAAACAGAAAACUGAGAGACCUGAAAAACGAACACCAGCAAAGGCAACACAGAGAGACAAACCUGAAAAACAAGAAAAAACUGAGAGGAAGGAGCCCCCAAAGGUGACAAGUAAAGACAAACUGGAAAGACAAGAAAAACCUGAAAAAAAGGAAAGGCAUGCAGCUGUUCACAAAGAGAAACCUGAAAAGCCAGAAAAACAAGAGAAGAAAGCACCGCCUAAAGUAACUCAAAAAGAUGCACCUGAAAGACAUGAAAAAACUGAAAAGAAAACUCCUCCCAAAGAGGAGAAGAAAGUAAAGAGCACUAAAGUGGAAGCAAAAGUCAAAAAGGAAGUGAAGGAUGGAAAAGGAGAAGCAAAGAUGGCAGAGAAGGUCAAGCAGGCAGAGACAAAAACAACAGAAACUGGGCUAAUAAAGGCCAAAACGAAAGUUAAGGAGGAGAAAGCUCUUCAGACUGUAACUAAAUCGGACAAGAAAGAUCAAUAUGCAUUCUGUCGCUAUGUGAUUGACAUGUUUGCACAAGGGGAUUUUUAUCCAGGUGCAGGACAUAAGGAAUUUGCACCACCUCGUCUUCUUCUAGAACACAGUCCAAGAAAGAAACCAGCAGCUAUUGAAGAAGAAAAGUCUGUUGUGGUACCUAGAGAAGUGAAAAAGAGAAAAGAGGAGAAGAAAAAGAGUGAUGAAAAGAAGACUAUGACUGAAACUAAGGUGAAAGAAAAAACAGGAAAAAAGGAGAAAGCUCAUGAGAAGACAUCUGUCCCUGAAAUUAAAAAAGCAGAUAAAAAAGAAGCUGCUGUAUCCAAAGAACUCAAAAAGCCAGCAAAAGCUCCUGCAGCCAACCCAGCCAUCAAAAAAGCAGCAGCACCAGAACCACAAAAAAAAGAAAAAAUAAUGGAAUCUGGCAAAACAACAAAGAAAGAAGCAAAAGUACAUGCAGCUGUAGAAACUCCAAAGUCAAAAGCAGGACUUGAGAAAAAAGAAGGAAAAGCAACUAAGGCAGCAGUGCAAGGUAAAAAGAAAAUAAAACGUGUUGGCGUUAUCUCUCUUAAAACACAAUGGCACAGAAACAAAUUUGCAUCAGAAAACACAUCAGAAAGUGGAGGGAUUCGGUCCUGGUCAAAAUUGGGACUUGCAAUCUACAAAAAAGAGUAUAAACCAAAGAUGAAACAAGGAAAUCCUGGAAAAGACAAAGAAUUGAAAUCUCCAGCUGCCAUGAAAAAUAAAGAACAUGCUAAAGUAAAGGAAGGGAAGAAUCCUACAUCUUUAAAAGAAAAAGGUCCUUCUAACAUGACAAAGGAGGCAAGAUUUUCUCCGCCCAGCCUUCAGAAAAGAGCAGAUCCCCUGAAGGUAAAAAAUCUCAAGAAUCCAGAGAGCAUAAGAGAAAAAGAGACUGGAAAAAGAAAAGAUGUGAAGCCUCCAACAGCCUUUAAGGAAAAAGACUCUUCAAAACGAAAAGAAAUUAAGGCUUCAAAUAAUCCUAAGGAAAAAGCUGCAGUGAAAAAGGAGGGGGAGAAGAAAGCUACCUCAGAGAACACGCAUGAACACAAGCAUGAACGUGCUAAACGUGAAAAAGCUGUCUCUCAGAGCAAGCCAGAGGAGAAAAUGAAACAACAAAAGACAACUCCCACUGAGAAGUCAGCCCAGGCAAAGCCAGCAAAGCAUGAAGCAAUCAGACAUGAAAAAGAUGUUCCCCUUACAAAACCAGUCAAACCGAAAAACACUGCAAAGCCAACAGCUGAAAUCCCAACAUCAGCCACAAAAAAACCAAAGACAAUUAAGGAAAAAGAAGAAAAAACAACUACGAAGAAACAGCUGAAAGAUGAAAAACCUAAAGUAAAAGAAGAUCCACGACAUCAAAACCUGACAUCAGGAAAAGACCGAGUUCAAACCCGUUUAAGGAACCUGAAGGUGUACAAGUCCAUGGGACCUGACAAGAUACUACCAUGGGUACUGAAAGAACUGGCUGAGGAAGCGGCUAUGCCACUAUCCAACAUAUUUGAGAAGUCAUGGCAAUCUGGUGGAGCUCCCACUGACUUGAAAAAGGGAAACAUAAUGCCCAUUUUUAAAAAGGGAGUUAAGGAAGAACCAGAGAACGACAGGUCAGUCAGUCUCCCCCCAGUGUCUGGCAAGAUCAUGGAGAAGCUCCUCUUGGAAACUCUGCUAAGGCACAAGGAAAAUAAUGAGAUGACUGGUGACAGCCAAUAUGGCAUGACUAAAGUUGAAUCAUGCCUGACAAAUUUCUUGGCCUCCUAUGAUAGGGUUACAGCAGUGGUGGAUGAGGGAAGGGCAACAGGCAUCAUCUCCCUGGACUUGAACAAGGGCACUGUCCCACAUGACAUCUAUGUCUCUAAAAUGGAGAGACGUGGAUCUGAUGAGUGGGCCACCGGGUGGAUAAAGAAUUGGCUGGAUGAUCAUGCUCAAAGUGCUGAAGUCAGUGGUGCAAUGUCCAAAUGGAAAGCAGUGCCAAGGGGUGUUCCCCAGGGGUCAGUGUUUGGACUGGUGCUUUUUAACAUCUUUAUUGCUGACAUGGAAAGUGGGUUUCAGUGCACCCUCAGUGAGUUCACUGAUGACACUGAUGACACCCAGGUGUGCGAUGCGGUCAACACGCUGGAGGGAAGGAAUAACACCCAGAGGGACCUUGUCAGGUUUGAGAGGUGGGCCCAGGUCAUCCUGAUGAAGUUCAACAAUGCCAAGUGUGAGGUCCUGCACCUGGUUUGGCGCAGUCCCAAAAACAGCUUUAGGCUGGGCAGAGAAUGGAAAGAGACUAGGGCUGGGGAGACAGACCUAGGGCUGCCAGUACAUGAAAAUCUUGACAUGACUCAGCAGUGUGUGCUAGAAGUGAAAAAAGCUGUCUGCAUCCUGGGCUGCAUCAAAAGCAGCGUGGCCAGCACAUCGAAGGAGGUGAUUCUCUCCCUGUACUCUGCUCUAGUGAGACCUCAGCUGGAGUACUGUGUUCAGGACUGGGAACCCGAGCACAAGAAAGAUGUAGACAUGUUGGAGCAAGUCCAGGAGGGAGUCAUGAAGUUGAGCCCAGGGCUGGAGCACAUCUCCUAUGAAGACAGGCAGAGAGAGAUGGGGCAGUUCAGCCUGGAGCAGAGAAGGCUUCGAGGAUACCUAAUAACAGUCUUCCAGUACCUACAGGGAGCCUGCAAGAGAGCUAAAGAAGGGCUUGUCACAACAGCAUGUAGUGACAGAGAGAAUGGCUUUAAGCUGAAGGAGGUUGGGUUUAGUUUAGAUAUUAGAGAGAAAGUUUUUACCGUGAGGGUGGUGAGGCUCUGGAACAGGCUGCCCAGAGAGGUUGUGGACUCUCCAUCCCUGGAGGUGUUCAAGGCCAGGCUGGGCAGGACUUUGAGAUACCUGGUCUAGUGGAAGGUGUCCCUGCCCAUGGAAGGAGGGUUGGAACUAGAUUAUCUUUAAGGUCCCUUCCAACCCUAACCAUUUUAUCAUUCUGCAGUUCUAAAAGAUACUCUGCCAACAGGUAAACUUCAGAUUUGAUUUUACCUGAAAUGUUCUAUUAAUUUUCUUUCAGAAUGCUGAAUGGUAAUAAGCAUGCCCAUGUCUUAAGCCUUUGGGGUUUGUCCCAGUCACCAACAAAAUUGUAUUAGAUAGUAUGGCUGGUGGCUGAAUCUGGAAAUGGCUGUAUUUGGGCAGUAGCAGAGGUAAUAAGAAGUUUCUUCCUGUUCAGUGUGAUAUUUGCUUUCAUAAUUCUAAUUUUUUUUCAUUUUUUGUGCUAAAUUUUGCUCAGAAAUUAAUUUGUUUUCCAAUUAAUUCCACAUUAAGCUCCAGUUAGAAGAAAAAGCAAUCUUUUUUGAUACUGAAUCACCAAAGUGAAAAAUUUUAAUUAUGGUAAAGAGUAACAGAAGCAUUUAAUUCACCUGCUUUUUUAAUUCUAAAGAGAGGUACUACAAAAUGGAGGUCUUCUUGGUUUUGAACCUGCCAAAGAAAUGGGAAAAUAAAGCUGCUACCAAUUAAUACUCCAGGCAUACUUUCCAGCUGAAUGACAAAGAUAUAAAUACACAUUUAUUGUGCUACCCAGCUCCUGUGGAGUUUCUUUUCCUUCAGAAAAGAAACAAUGAAAAGGAGAAGUCCUGAGUACCAUGUUGUUAAAUUAGGGCUUAGAAGAAGCAUUUCAGUGAAGAAAAGGCAACUUGAUGAAGACAACUUGUUGAGAACCUUCCCUGCCCCUCUCUAAUCUGCCUCUUCCUGUCAAAGUCAUACAGCCAGCCUUCUCCAAAACAGCUGAGCCUCCUUUGCUUUGAUGUGAAUAUGUAUAAGUCUGCCUUGAAAAAAUCUGAAUAAAUCACUACUGCUUGA